AUGCCAGUAUGUUUUUCUGUUCAUAAUAUAACGGGGAUUAAUAAUCUUAAUAACAUAAUACUAUAUAGAGAACCUAUUUUAAUAGAUGAAAAAUAUGAAAAUAAAUAUAUAAUAUUUUUUCCAGGAGAUUAUUCUAAUUUUUUUAAAAAUAGUAUAUAUACUUAUUAUAUAUAUGAACCAAUUAAUGAAUGUAGUGAUUAUUGUUUUAGUUAUGAAGCUUUAUUUUGGGUUAUAUCAUCUAAAUAUUUAUAUGACCAUAUAAUAUUUAUUAAGCCUAGUGUUUUUGUUAAUUGUUUCUCUACUUUUUCAAAUUUUAUAAAUCAUAAUUCUGGAUCUUUAAAUAACAAUCCUCAAAAUGAAACCAACCCCGAAAUAAAACACAAAAUCAACCACAAAACCAAUCAAAACGUUGUUGCAAAUUCAAAGACAGUUACAAAAAUAUUACCAAAAAAUAAAAUUGAAACAGAAAAGUGUGAAAACGAUAAAUAUAUAGAUGCAAAAGGAAUCAAACAUUUAUUAUUUAUUUUAUUAUCAUUAAAUAAUGAUAUAUUAAAAGAAAAAAGUGAGGAAGAUAGUUCAAUACAUGGAUUCAUAAAAAAACAAAAUGAUGAUACAUUAGUUAAUAACAAUUUUCAAAAAUGUGGAAAUAUGUUUCAAUCAGAUAAAACAUUGGAUAAUUAUGAUAAGUGUAUAAAUAAUGUUAUAAAUAAAAAUACAAUUAUAAGAAAAAAAUUAAUUUUAAUAGGGUUUAGUAAAGGAUGUAGUGUUUUAUUUUCUAUACUAAGAGAAAUUUAUAAAGCAGAGUUUAUUUUAGAAUAUAUAGAAUCAUUAUAUUUUUUAGAUCCAGGUUUUAACAAACAAAUAUAUGACACUAAUAUAGAAUCUAAUUCGUUAAAAGUUCUUUCAAAAUAUAAUUUAAAAAUAUUUAUUCAUUCAACUCCUAAUCAAAUAUUCGAAAGAAAUAGUAUGACUGUUCAUAAAGAAUUAAUAAAUUUUAUAACAAUGUUAAAAAAUUAUAAUAUUAAUAUUUUUUCAUAUUUUCAUUAUAUAAAUAUAGAACAAAAUAUUAACCCAAUUAAUCUUCAUUUUGAAAUUCUAGAAGAUUUUUCAAACCCGUUUUUAGAGAAAAUAAAUAACAUAUCUCCAUUUAUAAAUAAUUGUAACCAAAUGGGAAUAACAUGUUUAGAAAAUAAAAAACCUAUAGAUAAAUUUAUUUUUCAAAACUGGCAUAUGUAG